UAUUGUAUACUUUUAGGGCCAGUAGUGACGGGAGUGGUGGGCCGGACAAUGCCUCGGUAUUGUCUAUUUGGCGAUACCGUCAACACCGCCUCCAGAAUGGAAAGUAAUGGGGAAGCGUUGAAAAUCCACAUCAGCUCUGAAUGCAGAGACUAUUUGGUGAAAUUAGGCGGUUAUCUGAUAGAAGAGAGGGGUUUAGUGCCGAUGAAGGGCAAGGGUCAGGUGCGGACCUAUUGGCUGUUGUCUCACACUCAGGGACAGAUGCAUCGGCGGGAGUCGGCACCGGACGACUUCCUUCAGGUGCCAAACUAUGUCAUAUACUCAUCAAACGAAACCAAUAAGAAGCGCAACGCCGUCACCGGCGGUGGUUUUCUGCCCCGAAAGGGUUCGCUCAUUGGCUUCAAAGGCAACAAAGGCGGCGACGGAUCCAAUCUUCAUCUGUCGACCACACGAUUGCCGGCAUUCAGUCGCCUGAAAGGACUGGCCUCUAACGGCUCACUCCGGACGGCGUCGGCCAACAGUCCGAAGCUAAUGAAGAAAACGUUUCCAUUCCUACGCCAAAGCAAACUAGUAUUGAAGGACCAAAUGUGUGACAACACUAACGAUAUCAUCAAUAUAUCAUCAAACGAAUCGCAAAUCCAUUCCAAGCCUCCACUCAAGACUUCCACAACAUUUUACAUCAAAUCGACGGAAUGUUUGAAUGAGAAUAACGUUCAGUUCAUAACAGAUACAAACCAUAAGGACAUCAAUUAUAUGACAGACAGUAAACACGAGUUGUCGAUACCGUUAUUGGCUAAUCAUCACAAUAAUCAUCACAACCAUAACCACAUCAACGGAACAAAUCAGUUGCCGAUCGCUGAUCACAACAUUAGUGUAGACAUCGGCUCAUGUGAUCGGAAGGAGAGUCGGGUUCCGCUUCUCAGCUCUCUUUCCAAACUUAAUAAUAUUGUUAUCUCUAAGAAGUGGAACUCGUGUUCACAAUUGGAUUCCAACCGUAAGACAGGCAAGAGAUCGGUGACAGAAAGGAGGGGCCAUAACAGCAGCGAUAACUCAACGAACGGUGCGAUCAGUGGCCAAAAGUUUGAUAUGAGUGUAAAGGACUGGUCAAAGAUUAGUCUAAUUGAUUGCAAUCAUUUGAGUGGUGCAGAAGAGGACACCACAGACUUUGCGAUCGACAAAACCGUUCAAAACAAGAGCAGAAACUCUAAUGAAGAUGUCUUGAAACGGCGUCCGAGUAAUUGUCAACUAAUUUUCAAGUCUAUGAAUGACUGCGAGCUUAAAGUCGAGAGUUCUGUUUGA